CUUCAAAUACAAAAGCUAUUCAGACUCAACUUCCUUGGAAAUUGAUCUUCAGAGUAUCCAUGAGAGGAGACUUGUACCAAACGGUCGGUGGGAAAAUGAUCCAGAGCUGCCCAGUUAGACUUCUGGUUGUGAUCAGCUUGACAUUACAGAUCAUCCAUUUGGGAAACAGCUCUCAAAGAGAAAAACACAAAGGCAGCAGAGAAGAAAUCCACAAUGCUACAGAUCAGAAGCUCGAGCAGACAGCUCUCACCUGGACGUCCGCUGUUCUGGGAACCCGCAGCCCAGGGGCCGGAUGGAAGAGGCCGAGUUCGCCUCCCGAGUUCCCGGAGCGUGCGCCCCCGGCGCGGCGCUGCUGCAGCAACGGCGGCACGUGCGUGCUGGGCAGCUUCUGCGUGUGCCCCGCGGCGUUCACCGGCCGCUACUGCGAGCACGACCAGAGGCGCAGCCAGUGCGGGGCCCUGACGCACGGAGCCUGGACCUUCCGCGAGUGCCGCCUGUGCCGCUGCGUCUUCGCCGCGCUGCGCUGCCUGCCCCGCCAGCCGCCCGGCCGCUGUGACCUCAAAGACCUUCUUGCGUCAUACUCUCCCGGGUGGAGUGCACAGCACCUGCUGCGCGGCCUCCUCCUUCCCUGCCUCCUGCUGCAGCGUGUCCUCGGGGACGCCGGGUUGCUCGCCAUGCUCUGAGCUCCUGCUCAGCAGUGCUGACCCCAGAGGCCUGGCACCGCCAGCCGGGGUGUGCUCUGUAGGAAAACUGGGACU